CCUUUGACUGGCCAGCCGAACAGCAUUUGCUCAGUUCAGAAUGAGCGUCCUCUUCGGCAAGCGUCGCCGCGCGCCUGCGCCCAAGCUGCCGAGCGAGGAAUCCAAGCCUGCCGUGUCUUCUGACUCGGAUUCCGAUGCCGAGAGCCCCGCCAAGAGCGAUAAAGUGCAGGUGGAGAAUGCAUCCAACGUGCUCAUCUCGUUCCUGAACUUGGGUGUGGACCCGUGGCUGGUCAAACGCUGCGAAUUGCUUGGCAUUCGUCACCCUACUCCGGUCCAGGCUCACUGCAUCCCUCCCAUUCUCGCUGGCCGCGACGUCAUCGGUUGUGCGCAGACUGGUAGCGGCAAGACGGCAGCAUUUGCGCUGCCCAUUUUGCACACGUUGAGCAAGGACCCGUACGGCCCGUACGCUCUAGUUCUUACGCCCACAAGAGAACUAGCCUUCCAGAUCGCAGACCAGUUUAACGCCUUUGGAAGCUCAAUGGCGGUGCGCUGUGCCGUGAUCGUCGGCGGCGUGGACAUGCUCAAGCAGUCGCUGUCGCUGCAGCAGCGUCCACACAUUAUCGUCGCCACGCCCGGCCGGUUCCGCGACCAUCUGCUGCGUGUGGACCCGCCCAAUAUCUCACUAGUCAAGUAUGUAGUGCUGGAUGAAGCUGACAGACUACUAGACGUCUCGUUCGCUAAGGAUCUGAGCUUCAUCUUCGACAAGCUGCCUACUAAACGUCAGACGCUGCUGUUCUCGGCUACAAUGACGGCGAAUCUGGACAGACUGGAACAAACUGCGCUCUCGGACGACGCGUUUCGCUUCGAUGCGACGCCCAGCGUCAAGACUGUAGCCACAUUGAAGCAGUUUUAUUUAUUCAUCCCGGCUCAGGUCAAGAUGACGUACCUUAUGUACUUGAUGAAGAUGCUGGACCCCACUGAUGAAGAGGAGGAGGAACAACAGACUCGCAAGUUAGCCAAGGGCCGCAAAAAGGAUCAGGAUCUAGAAAAGCUACUGGACGCCGCCACGUCUAAACGUCAGCUGCGCUCCAUGAUGAUCUUUGUAUCCACCUGCAAGAUGUGCGAGCUGGUGGGCGAGAUCGGCAACGAAUUAGGCACUAAAUGCGUGACGCUGCACUCGAUGAUGUCACAGAACCGACGUCUGGCUGCACUGGGUAAGUUUAAGAGCGGUCUUAGCCACAUUCUCAUCAGUACAGACGUUGCGAGUCGUGGUCUGGAUAUCCCGGAGGUGGACGUCGUGCUCAACUUUGACCUGCCACGGGAUGCCGACGAUUAUAUCCAUCGUGUGGGUCGUACAGCCCGUGCUGGUCGUAGCGGCCAAGCCAUCUCUCUGGUGACACAGCACGACAUUGAGUUGCUCCAGAACAUUGAGGCCAAGGUGGGUAAGAAGAUGGAUGACUACGAGACCGAAGCUCCGGAGAAGAAGGUGCUCAAGCUGCUCAAUGACGUGACCACUGCUACGCGUAUCGCCAAGAUGAAGCUGACUGAGCGCGGCUUCGAUGACAAGGUACAUGCACGCAAGGCCAAACGUCACAAGAGCAACAAGACAGACAAGCAAUAGAAUCUCUAUCAACAUGGCUACUUUUUUGACACAUGGUAAUUUAUUUGUUGAUUACCGAAGCUACUUCGAAGUAUAUUUUACGCAA